AUGCAUCUCCUGGGGGAUCAUUCAUACCAUCAUGGGCACCAAGCAGACCAAGGUCUGCCAGGCUUCCAGUGCUGGAGGGGAAAGCCCUCAGCACCCCCCGGGAUCCCGGAGGAGCACCCCGGCCAGGGACAGGGGGGACUUCUGGUCUUCUUUUGGGGUGAAAUCUGGGGAUAAAUUGGGGAAGAACGUGUCGGGCGGUCUAGCUCCUUAUCACAGGAGGAACAAGAUGAUCCAGGAUAUGAUGCAGCUGCUGAGGCAAGGGAGGCAGGAGGAGGCCACAGAGGUGUUGAGGCACCUGAGACAGGAUCUGGGCAUGGAGUCUACAUCUUUGGAUGAUGUUCUUUAUCGAUAUGCAAGCUUCCGGAAUUUAGUGGAUCCUAUAACACAUGACCUUAUCAUCAGCCUUGCAAGAUAUGUACACUGCCCUAAACCGGAAGGAGAUUCACUUGGCGCAAUGGAGAAAGUGUGCAGACAGCUGACUUACCACCUCAGCCCUCACUCACAGUGGAAACGUCAAGGUAUCGUGAAGCGAAAGCCGCAGGCCUGUUUAAAAGCAAUUUUGGCAGGAAAACCUAAUGAAGGCACUUUAGAUUUGUCGGGAAUCCCCUUCACCAUGAAGGAUAUGGAACGAGUGAUACUUUAUCUGCAGCACAACUCAGAAGACAUAGAGAAUGUGGAACUCUGCUUUUCUGAAUUGACGGAUGAAAUGUUUGUACAUCUCAUGCCUGUCCUCAGUGCCCUUCCUCACCUCACCACUCUGGCCCUCAAUGGAAACCGUUUGACAAAAGCCAUCCUGAGGGAAAUUACAGAAGCUUUGAAAGACUCCAAAAAGUUUCCCUGCAUGACUUGGAUUGACCUUGGCAAUAAUGUGGACAUCUUCUCACUGCCGCAGCCUUUUUUAGUUAGCCUCAAAAAGCGUUGUCCGAAACAGGGCAGUCUGCCAACCAUUUUAGAAUUUGGAGAAGGACAAUUAAGUGACCUAGAAAAUCAAGAUACUUCAACAGAAAACAAAGAUGAGCAAGUUAUUAGCAGUUCUGAUGAUAAUAUUAUUCAGCCAGAAAGCUAA